UUUCCAUCUUCAAACCAAACAACCCCCACAUAAAUCAUCUUGACUUCUCUUGUGUUAUCUCCUAGCAUUUCUCCAGAACAGAAUCAAUUGCGCAAAGAUGAGUUCUUCAAACGAUAAGCCCAGACAGUCCGAUUAUGCUUGGCUCAAGAACAAUGGUUGGGAGUCAAACCAUCACUUUAUGCACUCUUAUGGGCUUAAACCCGGUGAGACCGGCGCCUAUGAAGAGGGCAAGGCUAUCUUGACAGCUGUUAGAGGAGCCGAUGAUAGAGAGAAAGCAGCAGCUAGCAGAGGGCAAUCCGGCAAUGUUCAGAACUCCUCCCAACAUUAAAAAGUACCUGUUGUGACUAACUCGUGCUAUAGUCAUAUCAAUCUCAUGGUAAUGACGGAUCAGCGAAAAAUUGAAGAGUGUAUCAUUGUUGAAUCGUGGUGACGGUGCAGGACGGGUUGGGCAUGCUCAUCUGGGAGAUCAUAUUUCGGUAUACAAUUACGAGGACAUAACAUGAGCUACGAACUGGUGUUGGGAUAAGUAGAAUGGAUUGAUUCAUAAG